UGUCCCAUUCAGUGUUGAAAUUGGUCUGCAGAUUGAAAAUGUAUUUCUUUAUUUUGAGGGGUGCUUAUAUGUUGUUGGAGUGAGUUCAUUAGAAUAUCAGAUUAUUAUGAGUAUUUAGGGAUGUUAGUGUUUGUAUGAAUUGGGCACUUGACUUCUUUUGCUGAUUAACCUGGCUAUGAUGUAUGGUUUUGUGCAGGAGAACUUCUUGAACUAUUGAUCUGAAUGCCCCCACAGGAAGAAGAACUGAAGUAUGCAAAGGCAAGGUAAAGAGUCACUGCCAGUAAAGAAGUCAAACCCAUCUUAAGCCACAUACAGUGAGAAAACUAAACCAAAUCCAAGCAAUGCUCAUCAAAAAUCCAAAACCAUGGUUUUGAACCCUGGCUGGGAUUUCUUAUAAAAUCUUCAGCACCAGAAAGUGCUUUUUUUUUUUCUAUAACCAAAUGCUCCACCAGUGUACUUCCCAUAACCACUAUACAUUCACUUAUGCCCUCAAGGCAUGCUACUUGCUCCACUCACCCCAUAAAGGCCAAGAAAUCCAAGCCCACGUCACCAAAUCCGGUCAUAUAUCUGAUACCUUCAUCCAAAACUCCCUGCUCCAUUUCUACAUUAUCCGAUCUGAUAUUGUUUCUGCUACCCGGGUUUUUGAUUCAAUACCUGUACCGGAUGUUGUUUCCUGGACUUCAAUGAUUUCAGGUCUUUCCAAGUGUGGGCUUUUGGAGGAAGCAGUGAUGAAGUUUAUGUCCAUGGACGUAAAGCCUAAUCCUACUACUCUUGUGACUGUUUUGUCUUCUUGUUCUACUUUAAGAGCUGUCAAGUUUGGUAAUGCUGUUCAUGGCCAUUGUUUGCGGAACUUUCAUGAAAGUAAUUUGAUUUUGGACAACGCCAUUUUGGAACUCCAUCUGAGAUGUGGAUCUCUGGCGAGUGCAAGGUAUCUGUUUGUCAACAUGCCCAAGAGAGAUGUAGUUUCUUGGACUAGCAUGGUGGGUGGUUAUGCCCAAAGAGGUUUUUGUGAAGAGGCAGUGAAACUUUUCUAACAACUGGUGCAGGGCGGGGAAGCUGACCCUAAUGAGGCCACCAUUGUCAAUGUAUUGUCAGCAUGUUCUUCGAUUUGUGCAUUGGGUCCAGGCCAGCAGGUGCAUUCCUAUAUCAGUACUCAACGAGAUCUCAUGGUAAAGUCAAUGGGGGAAAUGCCUUAAUCAACAUGCAUGUCAAGUGUAGACAUUUGGGUAUGGCUAUUUCAGUUUUUAAGGCCCUUGAGUACAAAUAUAUCAUUUUAUGGACUGCUCUAAUAAGUGGCAUGGCCAUGAAUGGCCAUGGCAUCCAUGUAUUACAGCUCUUUUCCAGUAUGCUAGUCAAUGAGAUUUCUCCUGAUGGUGUAACCUUCCUUGGGUUGUUAACAGCAUGCAGUCAUGCUGGCUUGGUAAAUCAAGGGCUUAUGUUCUUCAAUGCUAUGAAUAAAAUUUACCAGAUUGUUCCUGAAACACAGCAUUAUGCGUGUCUGGUCGAUAUGUAUGGUCGAGCUGGGCUCUUAGAGGAAGUAGAGGCUUUUAUUAAAGAAAUGCCAACGGA